CGUCGGAGACGCCGACAGCCCGGAAGUUGAUGCGGCGCGGUUGCUCAUGGCCGCACCCUGGGAGGAUGCCGCUAGUGGUAGUUUGCGGGCUGCCGUACAGCGGUAAGAGUCGGCGCGCGGAGGAGCUCCGCUGCGCGCUGGCGGUCGAGGGCCGUGCGGUGUACGUGGUGGACGAUGCAGCAGUUCUGGGCACAGAGGAUCCGACAGUGUACAGCGAUUCGGCCCGGGAGAAGGCGUUGCGCGGGGCCCUUCGAGCUGCGGUGGAGCGGCACCUGAGUCGCCACGAUGUGGUCAUCCUCGACUCGCUUAACUACAUCAAGGGCUUCCGCUACGAGCUUUACUGUCUGGCUCGGGCGGCGCGCACCCCUCUUUGCCUGGUCUACUGCGUACGGCCCGGGAGUCCGAACAGGGAACCUCGGGUGGCGGAAGGGGAGGAGAACCGGAGCCGGAACGUCAGUGUGAAUUGGCGGCCGCGGGGUGAGGAGAGUGGGAGCCUUCUGGCUGCGGGCACCAGUGUCCUCCGAGAAUCGCAGUCAGUGGAUUCAGAAGUAAAUGGCAGAGCCCAGGUAGACAUACCUAAGAAUCUGGAGCUGGAAGAAGCUAGGGCGCCAAAUCUUCCAGCUCUCAUGACUCCGGAAUUGGAGAAAUCUGUAAAUCAUAUGCCCAGUGCCUUUUACCCUCCCGAGCUUUUGGAGGCCUUAAAGCUGCGCUUUGAAGCUCCGGAGUCUAGGAACCGCUGGGACAGGCCUCUGUUCACCAUGGUGGGCUUAGAAGAGCCGUUGCCCCUGGCAGAGAUCCGAACUGCCUUGUUUGAGAACCGGGCUCCCCCACCUCAUCACUCUACACAGUCCCAGCCUCUUGCUUCCGGCAGCUUUCUGCACCAGCUAGAUCAGGUUACCAGCCAGGUGCUGGCAGGACUGAUGGAAGCGCAGAAGAGCGCUGUUCCAGGAGACUUGCUUAGGCUUCCUGGCACCACGGAGCACUUGCAGUUUACCCGGCCCUGGACCAUGGCAGAACUGAGUCGCCUUCGUCGCCAGUUUAUUUCCUACACCAAAAUGCACCCCAACAAUGAGAACCUGCCUCAGCUGGCCAACAUGUUUCUGCAGUAUCUGAGCCAGAGCCUGCACUAACCAGAGGGGGUCGCGGGAAAGGCAUAGCUCCUUGUCUAACCUCUACUACAUUCUGUUUCUUUGGGAAGAAUAAUCAAGGUCUGCAGAGCAUAUUGAUGUGGUACUAGAACUCUUGUGAUUGAUUGACCCCCACUUUCCUGAAUGCCUCUAUACCAGGCCUUGAGUUUACAGCAUAAAUUGAGACUAAAGAGAAUGGAGAACUAGCUUGGAGGAUCUUGGCAAAUUUCGUCAGAGGACAGAGCUUAGGUGGAUACAGCUUGCUUAAAUUGGAUUCUGCUUACUACAUCACAUUUUGUUGAUUUCCCUUAUCUGAACUGUGGUGAAGCAGACUGGAUGGGUGAAUUGUUUUAAAACAAUUAGGAACAAAAACAAUGCAGCACAAUCUGCAUCUGCACUGGCCCUUUCAUACCACAGUUUUUUGAGUACUGUGCCUACGAUUUUCUAGUAUCAAUCCUGGGGGGCACAGGGCAAUCCACUGGUUUCUGUCCUUGGGAAACUUUGGUUCUAGUGGAAGUGAAAGAUAUAACCAGUGGAUAAUUUCAUCUAAUAAAAUCUUUUAGAAGAGGA